CUAAAAUGAAUUUGGAAAGCAAUGAAACAAUGUCCUGGAAUCAGAACGAUGCUAAGACACAAAGUUGGUGUUCUCUAAAUGGAAUUCCACUAAACAAAGGAAAAUUUCUCCAGAAAGGAGGUUUUAUCUCAGGUGCAGAGAAACGUGAAGCAUCAACACGAGAAUCUUUUGGAAGAUCCACAACUUCCUCAGGUGUUUAUAACUUGAAAGAGCAGAGCAACACCAACAUCAAACUUCUGCCAAUCACUAGAAAGGGAAAUUUCUUCCAGGAUUCUUUCUUUCAAGAGGUUCAGCACCUUUUCCAGAGGGCCAUAAAAAAGGUUAUCAAGAACUGCACUGAUCAAGAGACAUGCAGACAUGCAAGUGACAUCAAGACCUACAAAUGCUUGUGCAAGCAGAACCCUACUUUGCAAAAUCAGGCUUUCCAUGUUGAAGAUGACCACAUCAGCUGUCAGAUAUUACUGGACGUCGAAAACGUAACUGAAGAAUCGACGACAGUUUACGUGACCGAAGAGAAGGACCUUGUCAUCGAGGGCCACCUGAAGGAGGAGGAGGAGGAAUCCUCACCUCAACUCAGGGCCUGCAGGCGAUGCUUCUCUCUUCCCUCCAAUGUGGACUUCAGCGAAGGAACGGCUGCUAUGUCUUCGGACGGAAUACUUUACGUCGUUUUCCAAAAGACAAAUGACGAUCAGCAAUAGACGAGGAACUCUGUAUCACGCUGGGACCUUUCUUACUUUCGAUACAUUUCACGUUAAGACUUAAACACGUUUUUAUUUCAUAUUUAUUUAAAAUUUACUUAUUUUAUUAUGCUUGUAUUUUUCUAAAUAAAAAGAGGAUGCGUU